CAAAAAUGUACAAAAAUUUAUUUUCAUCAAAUCACUAUUAAAGAGAGGUGCCUUUGCGCACUGUACAUGCAAAGAACCCACGGAGUGCACCGGUCCAAGCGCGACGCGAGAGAUAACGACGAGAUGAAGAGAUGGCGAGGGCGAUGAGCAACGCCGAAUGACACAUCAGGGAGGGGUCACGGUGUGACUGGAGAUCACUGGUUGGACCCCAACAUCGAAUCAUGAUCACACUUUCCUAAAACAGACCUUGACCCUAAUGGACGACGGUAGUUGACCCGUUCAUUACUGCUUGGCAUUAGUCAUUUCCCGCUGCUCUGGGUGGUGUCAAAACGUGAAUCAGGUAUAUCUUUGCGUUACAGAGCUACGGCAACGACGCGGAGUUUCGGUCUCUAUGGGGAUCGAGCAGAGCGGCGUAGUCGCUGCGUAGUUAUAUGUAAUGUACUCAAAGCUGUGUCACCUAGUAGCUGUGCCUUGUAAGUACGUAAUGUGACGAUCUUAUCUGCAUCUAAUCGUAGACAAUCAGAUGUCAACAUGGAGGCUGCACCCGCGGCACCCACUCAUCUCGUCCGCGCGCACUCGGCGGACGUGACAGCCCUUUUCUUCUCCGGCGACAAUGAACGCCUGUACUCGGGCGACGCGUCGGGCUGGGUCGUCGUAACGUCCACGCGGUCGCUGCGUUCCAUCACAUCCUGGGCAGCGCACACCGACAGCGUCCUCGGCGUCGAGGAGUGGGGCAAUCGUAUCGUAACGCAUUCUCGGGACCAUAAACUGCAUGUGUGGAACCUUGUAGUAGACUUGACCCCGUCGGCACGCGUGGGUGGUGCCCCCGGAGCCAGCGCCCCGGACGAUGUCCCCAAACCGUCGUUAUGUUACUCGAUGGAUGUCAACGCGCUCAACUACUGUCGAUUCUCAUUGUUGUCGGUGUCUGACGAGGACGCCCUCAUCGCGCUCCCGAACCUCGUCGAAUCCUCAGAGGUGAAAUCUAGAACCGUUUAUGGGUGACCUGCAGUUGAACAAGGCACAGGCAGACGUGUGGCGCCUCCCGGCGCGAGAGCGCCUGCAUGCCUCGGUUGGCACGCAGCGCAAAGAGCACAUAUUCUCGACGACGGGGCGUGAGGGGAUGCGCAGUGGGCUCAUCAUGUCCAUGCAUCUGUAUCGGGACGAAACGCGGAAGCUCUGCUUCGUCUGUGCAUAUGAAGAUGGGAGCGUCGUUUUGCGUCGGUUUGUCGGCACUGAGCCCUCGAUCGAGGGACGGGGAUGGGACGUCGUUUGGCACCAAAAACUGCAUGCAGAAGCCAUCAUGGCCAUGCGAGUGUCUCGUGACAACCGAAUCGCGUUGACCGUCUCUGCAGACCACCUGGUCGGUCGCUUUGAAUUAUCUCGAGAUGCGAUCAGUCCGGGCGUGAUACAUCGCACAAAGCAUGCAGGGAAUGCUUGCCUCGCCAUCCGCGAUGAUGGCCGGGUUUGUGCUGUGGGGGGCUGGGACGGAAGAGUUCGAUUAUAUGCGACGAAGAAUCUCAAAGCAUUGGGCACAUUGAAAUACCACAAAUCAGGCUGCCAGGCGGUUGAGUUUGCUCGGUCGGGGGUUUCUGAAGAGCCUGGAGAGGAAGACCC